UCUGCUCACAGCCUCCGCUUUGCCCCCCCAGCCCGGGAUGGACGUGGGUGCCUACCUCUCCCGGAUUGGGUACCAGGGCCCGAAGGAGCCCACCCUGGAGACCCUGCGGGGGCUGCACCGUCGCCACCUGUUCUCGGUGCCCUUUGAAAGCCUGAGCGUGCACUGCGGGGAGCCCAUCACCCUGGCGUUGCCCCUGCUCUAUGACAAGAUCGUCCGCCGGCGGCGUGGCGGCUUCUGCUACGAGAACAACGGGCUCUUCCUGUGGCUGCUGCGGGCGCUGGGCUUCUGCGUAGUGGGGCUGGCCGGCCGCGUCCGGAACCGCUUCACUGGGCGCCUCGGGCCGCCCCGCGACCACCUGGUGCUGCUGGUGCAGCUGGGGAGCCAGCGCUUCCUGUGCGAUGUGGGCUUCGGGGACGGCUUCCUGGAGCCCCUGUGGCUGGAGCCGGGCCUGGAGCAGCCGCAGGAGGGCGGCAUCUUCCGGCUGAGCCUGGCGGGGGGCGUCUGGGUGCUGGAGCGGCUGCAGGCGCCCGGCGAGGAGGGGCAGCUGCUCUACAGCUUCACAUUGGAGGAGCGGGAGCUGGAAGACUUCGCCGCCAUGUGCUGCUACCACCAGCAGGCCCCCAGCUCCAUCUUCGCCUGCAAGUCCUUCUGCAGCCUGCCCCAGCCGGGCGGUGGCCGCCUCACCUACAUGGGCUGGCGCCUCAUCGCCACGCGGGGCGGGGAGCGCACGGAGACCCCCCUGCAGCCCCAUGAGAUCCCCACCCUGCUGCAGCACACCUUCGGGGCCCAGCUGAGCGGGACCUUGGUGCCCAAGGACCAGGCCAUCCAGCCGCCCCCCGAGGGGGAGGAGAUGGAGCAGCUCCCCUCCACCGACUGAGGACGCUCUGAGAAACGAGGUGGGGGGGACAGACCCAGAGACAUCCCUGACAGCACCCUUGGGUGCCCAGCUCAGAGAGCUGUAAAACAGGCCAGCCAAGCAGAAACCUGGAUGGAGAGAGCUCCUGGGCCCAAAGGGAAGAAUGAGGGGUGGGCUGGGAGCCAGGACUCCUGGCUUCUAUCCCCAGCUCUGGGUGGAGAGCAGUGGCUACUGCGUUGGGGGUGGGGAGCUCAGGACUCCUGGGUUCCAUCGCUGGCUCAAACACUGACUCUAUGAUCCUGGGUGGGUCCAUCCCUGCUGUGUAUUGAGCGUGAGCUCUGUGGGACAGGGCCUGUCUCACGCUGAGCAGUGAGUGGGCCCUGAUCCCUGGGGGUGAGGGUCCUUGCAGGGUCCGGCACAGGGCCAGUCACUCUGGCCCCACAGCUGUGUCCACCCACCCCCUCCCCACAAGUAAAGGGGAAGAAGCUCAGGACCGAGGGCUGGGUUCAUUUAUUUAUUCCAUAAAAGCUGCUUCACCCCCUCAGUGCGAGGGGCAAACGCCCCUGAAGUCCCCUACUUACAGAAGGGGGCGGCGGGGCUGGCUCUAGGCCUCGCUGACGUGAUGGGCAGGCUCCGGGCCGUGCCUAGGUGUGCGGGUGAGGGCAGGGCCACACCCAGCUGCUGCAGGGUGCUAGGAAGGGGAAUCCCCUGGGCUCAGCGACAGCAGCAGCCCGCUCUGUGCCCAGCUGGGGGAGAGGUGCAGGGAGGCACCCCGGGGGGGCUAGGUCCAGGCCUCCAGCAGGCUCCGUGCCCAGCUAUGCAGGGCGGGGGCAUCCCGGGGGGCAAGGGGCUA